AUGAUAAAUAAUCCUAAAAUAGUGGAAGGUACAGAUGAUUUCGAUGAAGUGCCUGGACCUUCGCAUCAAAAUUUGUGGAGCCCAGCUUCGAACUGCACUUCACCUUUGAACGAUUCUAGGGCAAAAAUAGCAGCUGAAAUGGAGCGCAUGUUUGACAGCGAUGACUCUGAUAAAGACCCCACUUACAACCCGGUUCCAGAUUCUUUAAUACAACCAGAGGAUUUAUUCGAUGAACAGUGGGCUAAUAACAACGAUGAGAAUUUGGAAAAUGUGGAAUUCUAUGGAAAUUAUGAAGUAGUUCAACCUAAAGCCGGCGAUCUUAUGAUUGCACAGAUACUGCCAACAUCUGAUGCACAUCAAGUUGUAACAUCUAUUUGGGGGCUCUUAUUGGAAUACGUAUGCAAUGCUACUCGAAAAUGGAAACGUUGGAUGAAACCGGAACCCGGAAACUGGAAGGAUCAAUGUCUAGCAUGCUCUAAUUUCAAUAAAGCUAAUGAUGAAGAAAAAGUAAUGUUGAGGGGGGAAUAUGAUGAUCACAUAGAAAGGAAAGAGUCUUGUAACCUGGAAAAGGCAAAGGAUAAAGAAAGAGCAGAAAGAGAUAAAGAGUUUCGCUGCCGGUCGUGCUCUAAUAUUGAAUCACAAACAAUGGAGGAUUCGUUUGACUCCGACGAAGUAUCAUGCGAUACAUCGCUAUUGACGCAAUUUACUUGCAUCCAAAAUGAAGAUGAAGAAGAAGCAGGAGAAGAAGAACAAGAACAAGAACAAGAAGAAGAACAAGAAGAAGAUCAAGAAGAAGAUCAAGAAGAAGAACAAGAAUUUGAAACUUACGAAUAA